AUGGCCCACCAUAUCCUCCUCAUCGGCGGCCACGGCAAGAUCGCCCAGAUCCUUACACCACUCCUUCUGGCGAAAUCAUGGAACGUGACCAGUAUGAUACGUACUGCUUCUCAACAACCAGCAAUUGAGAAGCUGGGACAAGGACAACCCGGAAAGCUGCAAGUGCUGGUCAAUAGUGUGGCGGACGUGAAGAGCGAGGGGGAUGCGAAGAGCAUCUUGGAGCAGGUUAAACCGGAUUGGGUUGUCUGGAGCGCUGGGGCCGGCGGCAAGGGCGGCGCGGAGAUGACGUUCGCAGUCGACCGUGACGCAGCUAUCGCUUUCACAAAAGCCAGCAUCCACACACCUUCCAUCAAGAAGUUUCUGACCGUAUCCUACCUGUCUUCCCGCCGCAGUCGCGCACCUUGGUGGAGUGAUGAGGAUUGGAAGGCUGCGCAAAAGGUCAACACGGAGAUUUUGCCGAACUAUUUCAAAGCUAAGGUUGCAGCCGAUGAGGUCCUCACCAUCCUUUCUCAAGACCGAGUACAGAACGAGGAGAAAGAUGGUGUGCCCACCAAUGAGCGCUUCUGUGGGAUCAGCUUGAGGCCCGGUACGUUGACGGAGGAACCGACUGGCAAGGUAAAGAUGGGAAAGAUUGGAGCGGGUGGCAAGACGAGCCGUGCGACGGUUGCAGAGAGUGUGAUCAGAGUCCUGGAGACUGAUGGGUUGAGGGGUUGGGUUGAUAUUAUCGAUGGUGAUAAGGCCAUCGAAACGGCAGUAGAGAAGUAUGUCAAGGAGGCGCAGGAUGCUGCUGAGGGCGAGGAUCUAGAGGACAUGAGGAAAAGGGUUGAGAAGCUGUAG